AUGGCCCGUGGACCGAAGAAGCAUUUGAAGCGCCUUGCCGCGCCAAAGCACUGGAUGCUGGACAAGAUGGGUGGCGUCUUCGCUGUCCGACCAAACCCAGGACCACACAAGCUCCGCGACUGCUUGCCCCUCAACUUGUUCCUUCGCAACCGUCUGAAGUACGCUCUGACCUACCUCGAGUCGAAGAAGAUCCUCAAGCAGCGUGUCGUCAAGGUCGACAACAAGGUCCGCACCGACCACAAGUUCCCCACUGGAUUUAUGGGUUAGUUCUACCUGAAAAAUUGCUUUGCACUAAUUCCAACCUUCAGAUGUCAUCAGCAUUGAGCGCACGAAUGAGCACUUCCGCAUGCUGUACGACUCCAAGGGACGCUACACCGUCCACAGAAUCCAGUCUGCCGAGGCCGACUUCAAGCUGUGCAAGGUCAAGGCUCUCCACACCGCUCUCAAGGCUGUUCCAUACAUCACCACUACCGAUGGACGUACUCUCCGCUACCCAGAUCCUCAUAUCAAGGUUAUUUUCCGUUUCAGUUCUUUCCAGAACUUUAAAUUUCUAGACCAACGACACCAUUGUCCUCAACCUGGCUACUGGUAAAGUCACCGACUACGUCAAGUUCGAGGCCGGAAACCUGGCCAUGGUGACUGGAGGUCGUAACGUCGGUCGUGUCGGAGUUAUUGGACAUCGUGAGAAGCUCCCAGGAGCUCUUGAUAUUAUCCACAUCAAGGACGCCGCCGGCCACUCCUUUGCCACCCGGUAAGACUCCUGAUCGUUUUUUGAUCAAAAACAAAGGAGAAAGAAGUUCGGGGACCUCGAAGGUCGUAAACAUCCGAACGAGGUUAGUUCGCUUUUUAACUUUGAGCUUUCCAGAGUCUCCAACGUUUUUGUUAUCGGUAAGGGCACCAAGUCUCUCGUGUCCCUGCCUACCGGCCAAGGAAUCCGCCUCACCAUCUCUGAGGAGCGUGACCGCCGUCUCGCUCAAAAGACUCAGGCAUAA